AUGGCAAACUUGCCAAAGGUGCUUAGCGAUGUUGAUGAAUUCAUCAUUGCUUUAAAAGGCAAGUCCAUUUCUUCUAACGAGGCCGAAUUUUUAAAUAAAGCAUGUGUAGAUGCGCCUGACUCUGCAACCCCCCCGUGUGCCCGCGCAAGGCCAAGAAACAUAAAGCGGUAUGUCCAAAUGAAGCAGGAUUUGGUGGACAACAUUGAAGGCCCGUUUUUACAUACCAAACAUCCAUGGGCCUCUAUGAUUAAAGCAAGUGGACCCCACGAGGAGCCCCAAUAUCGGGGGUAUUCUCAAGUUUCGCCAUUUCCGCCAAUAUCGUCAACUGAAACUAGAAUUGAAGAAAUUGAAAAGCUCUUUUUCCCCAUGCAAGAGAAUCAGUUAUCACAAUCGGUUCCUAAUGCAAAUCGAAUAUCCAACCUUGUUUUAAAAUGUAAGGCGAUAAAGGAAAUAUACUGCACACCAGAUGAGUAUACUGCCUCUCUUGAUAACUUUUGGAAAAAGUCAAGUUCCAACUUUACGCUGCAUACAAAUUAUGCCCAGCUCGUGAUGUUGGCAAAACUGGAAAAGUUUAUUCUAGACAUGAAGAGAAAAUUUCCCUAUAUAUAUGCAAAUGAGUUCAUCCCGCCUAGUGAUAAUGGCUGA